AGGGAGGGAGAAGGAGAAGGAGAGGGAGGCGGCGGCGAGGAGGAGGAGAAGCGGGCGAGAGACGAGAGAAAGGCCGAGAGCGGGGCCACAGGCAGCCCUUCACGGUCCGGGAUGCCCUACAAGCUGAAGAAGGAGAAGGACCCUCCAAAAUCGACCAAAAGCACUACAAAAGCUAGUAGCAGCAGCAGCAGCAGUGGUAGUGGCAGCAGUGGGACCGGGAAAGAUGCCAGCACAGAAAAUUCAGAAGAGGUCCAGCAACAGCAGCAACAACAGCAGCAGCAGCAACAGCAGCAGCAGCAGCAACAACAACAGCAGACCUCAAAUAAGCGUCCCAGCAACAGCACUCCUCCACCAACACAGCUGAAUAAGAUCAAGUAUUCAGGGGGACCCCAGAUUGUAAAGAAGGAGCGACGGCAGAGCUCCUCUCGGUUCAACUUGAGUAAAAACCGGGAGCUUCAAAAGCUCCCUGCCCUUAAAGAUGCGCCGCCUCACGAACGGGAAGAGCUCUUCAUCCAGAAGCUGCGACAAUGCUGCGUCCUCUUUGACUUUGUCACUGAUCCCCUCAGUGACUUGAAGUUCAAAGAGGUGAAGCGAGCAGGUCUCAAUGAAAUGGUGGAGUACAUCACACACAAUCGGGAUGUUGUCACCGAGGCCAUUUAUCCCGAAGCUGUCAUCAUGUUUUCAGUGAAUCUCUUUCGAACACUUCCCCCAUCAUCCAACCCAACGGGAGCAGAAUUUGAUCCUGAGGAAGAUGAACCCACGCUAGAAGCUGCUUGGCCACACCUCCAGCUGGUAUACGAAUUCUUCCUGAGAUUCCUGGAAUCACCAGACUUUCAACCAAAUGUAGCCAAGAAGUAUAUCGACCAGAAGUUUGUAUUGUCACUGCUGGACCUGUUUGACAGUGAAGAUCCCAGAGAACGGGAUUUUUUGAAGACCAUUUUGCAUAGGAUUUAUGGGAAGUUCCUGGGUCUCCGAGCGUAUAUACGGCGGCAGAUCAACAAUAUAUUUUACAGGUUUAUCUAUGAGACGGAGCACCACAACGGGAUUGCAGAACUGCUAGAGAUUUUAGGAAGUAUAAUCAAUGGAUUUGCUUUGCCCCUGAAGGAAGAGCACAAAAUGUUUCUCAUCCGGGUUUUGCUCCCAUUACAUAAAGUGAAAUCUCUGAGCGUCUACCACCCCCAGUUGGCAUAUUGCGUUGUGCAGUUCCUGGAGAAAGACAGCAGUCUGACUGAGCCGGUCAUUAUGGGCUUGCUGAAAUUUUGGCCAAAAACACAUAGUCCCAAGGAGGUUAUGUUCUUGAAUGAGCUGGAAGAAAUAUUGGAUGUCAUUGAGCCAUCUGAGUUCGUGAAGGUGAUGGAGCCCCUAUUCAGGCAGCUGGCCAAGUGUGUCUCCAGUCCACACUUCCAGGUUGCAGAGAGAGCGUUGUACUAUUGGAAUAAUGAAUACAUCAUGAGUUUGAUCAGUGACAACGCAGCCAAAAUCCUCCCGAUCAUGUUUCCUGCGCUCUACAAGAAUUCUAAAAGUCAUUGGAACAAGACAAUCCAUGGGUUGAUCUACAAUGCACUGAAGCUAUUCAUGGAGAUGAACCAGAAGCUGUUUGAUGACUGUACACAGCAGUACAAGGCAGAGAAGCAGAAAGGACGAUUCAGGUUGAAAGAACGAGAAGAGAUGUGGCACAAGAUUGAGGAGCUAGCCCGCCAAAAUCCUCAGUACCCCAUGUAUUGCGCACCCCCACCUUUGCCUCCUAUUUAUUGCAUGGAGACGGAGACCCCCACUGCAGAGGACAUACAGCUACUGAAGAAAACGAUGGAAACAGAGGCUGUGCAGAUGCUGAAAGACAUGAAGAAGGAGAAAGUGCUGCUGCGUCGGAAAUCGGAGCUUCCUCAGGAUGUCUACACCAUAAAGGCCCUGGAAGCGCACAAGAGAGCAGAAGAAUUCCUCACCUCAAGCCAAGAAGCACUCUGACGGGCUAGGGAGACCCCGGAGGGUACACAGAAACGCACUUUGUUCUAAUGUAUAACUAGGGAAUGAACAUGGUGAGCUGUGCCUGUCCUCCACUCCAUUCUCAUUCUUUCAGGUUAGAUUUGAUUUUACAUUGUACCUCAUAUCCCACCACACUGUCACUUCCUCCUGCUUUAUCCUCUUAAGGUUGUGUUUGUGUGCACGUGUGAAAGGAGCCUAGCCAAUCCGUAAGAGUAGCAUUCCACACAGGAGGCAUCCCAGUUCCUGUCGUCAUUGAUUUGACUCCAGUCCCAGGACCAAAGCAGUGAGAGUUCAGGCAUUUAUCAGCCACACACUACUACAGGAGUGGGCUCCACAAGUGGUCUUCCAGAUACCAUUCAGCUACGGCUCCCAUCUUCUCUUGCUGUUGGCUAUGCUAGUUGGAGCUGAUGGGCACUGUAGUCCAACAACAUCUGGAGGACCACCUACCCCUGCACUACAAUAAUGAUUCACUAUAGCUUCCUAACACUGGCUUUGAACUCCCAUUACCAUCCAUCUUCACACGAUAAUACAAGAGCUAUAUGUGACGUUGGUUGUGCAGGUAAAUACAAGUGAUUUUCUAGGGAUCAAGACAUGCUAGGCUAGAUUUGAAAAUAAUGUAUGUUCUUCCUGUCCCCCUCUGGCCAAAUAAAUGGCUAAUUGGUAAUAGA